UCUCAUUUGUAGGCGAUUUUACCAUUUGGGAUUUCCCUGUCGAUGGCUGUCUGCAGAAAAAAGAACCAGUACCCAUUUCAUGUGUCAGUGAACUUGUAUCAUACAAUCAGUUUGACGUUAUCUCUGUAUUUUAUUGUGUUGAAGGCAUAGAGGGUAUGUACAGGGUUUGUGGGAGCUAAAUGUUGCUAAGGCUAUCAACACACACGGAAAUGCCUCGGAUUACAUUGUGAUAUUACAGCUGUGGUUGAUGUGGGACGUCAUGCUGCUAACAAGUGGAAGCAUGGAACACCCAGCUUGUAUUUUGGAGGAAUUGAAGCAGUUUGUCGUAAACGAUGCCCCACCGACAGUGUAUUGCAUCCCAGAUUUCAUAACGGAAGAUGAGGAGUCUUAUCUUCAACAGCAGGUGUAUAAGUCUCCCAAAACUAAAUGGACUCAGCUGUCAGGCCGAAGGCUUCAGAACUGGGGAGGGUUGCCACAUCCAAAAGGCAUGCUGGCAGAAAAGAUCCCUGACUGGCUCCAGCCGUACUGUGAGAAAAUUUCCUCUCUGGGUGCAUUCGCUGGGAAAACAGCCAAUCAUGUGUUGGUGAAUGAGUAUAAAGAAGGGGAAGGGAUUAUGCCCCAUGAGGACGGCCCUCUGUACCACCCUACUGUCACCACCAUCAGUCUGGGCUCUCACACCCUCCUUGACUUCUACACGCCCGUCAGCGUCGAGGAGGGCGACGCGCCGCAGACAGAGGAGAGCCGCUUCCUGUUCUCCCUGCUGGUCAAGCCUCGAAGCCUUCUGAUCCUGCAGGAUGAAAUGUACCAGCGUCUCCUUCACGGCAUCCGGCCCCACGCCCAGGACACGCUGACAGACAAAGUGGUGAACCUGUCUGCUGCCGGGGCCUUGCCAGGAGAGACCCUGACCCGAGGCACCAGAGUGUCACUGACCAUACGACACGUGCCCAAAGUGAUGAAGACUAAGUUUCUACUGGGGAGGAAAUGAAGAAAGACUGCAUGAUUGACUGAUAGUUUGUUACAGUACUACAUGCCACGUUUGUCUCCUCCUGGCUGCUUUAUGAAGUGUAUUUCAGUCGUAAUCGAUCACUUCUGGCUUUGUUAAAUAUCUGUGCUGCCUCAAGUGAUCUUACUGCUGUAGUAACCUUUCUGGACAUUGUCAAAGACAACAAUACAGAUAGGGUAGCAACUUGAAAUUGUUUAAAUUAUGGUUUCAUUCUCUAAAAAUAUUUUAAGGGAGUAUGGGAUCGAUGUAGCAAAUAUCUACGGAAGAAGAAUGGCGUCUUUAAAUUUGGUGUUUUUAAUUGAUGAAUGACUGUAAUCAAUAUUCAAUUGUUAAAAUAGUUUCUGUACAUCAACUUCUUGCAUUACAUAAAAUGGAUCUAAAAGUA